GCGGUUACAAGUUAGUUAUCAUCUGUUAAAACAAGUCCAGCUAAACGUUCCUCUUCUUGUUCCAAUGAGUUUAUGCUAGCAUUGUUUUCUGCAAAAGAAGAAGAGAAAAACUUAUUUAGUGACAUCAUAUUGGUUUUUGUCCUAUUACAUUGCCUCCCCCCUUCUGUGGGCACUGUCCUCAGUGCUUGAUGGUGCUACUCUCGUUUAAGAUAAAAGUUGUAAAAUAUAAGUGAACGCUAAUCUUCUGAAGACUUGAUGACUGCUGGAUAUGCAAAGUGUAGUCGCCACUGGAAUGACAAUAUAAAUGGAUAGCGAUCAACUGGUUGAUAAAGAACGCAUAGUUGUCGAACAAAUGGUCGUUAAACAGAGGGAGGAAAUCAGAGAAUUGAAACGACGCUUGGAUAAUAUGCCUGCAAAGCUUGCGUCUUUACUUGCUGUAGUACGGGUGGAUUCGUGUCAAGACACGGAGAUAAUGGAUAUUUUACAUGCUCAAAUUGAAGAUAUACGUUGGGAAAAUAAAAAAAUUCAUCGAAAAAUAAAAGAUUAUGAAGAAUUAAAGGCGAAGAGGAAUUGCGAGAAAUCGCUGGAAUCUCCUGAAUCGCCAAGGGAUGCUAAAAAGGUCGAGGCUGCUAUUAUGUAA